UGUGCGAUGGCUGGAAGACACGGGUUACUGCUGCUAUUUCUAGCGGGAGUCCUGCGGGAUAUGGGAACUGGAGGACAGGACAGUAGGGAGGAAGCCUUUUUCAAGGAAACUACAAAUUCAAGUCUGCAACUGAAAUUUAUAACAAAUCAGAGCUCUGGUCUCUUGUUCCUGGCGACUGGAGGCACCCAAUAUCUGAUGGUGGACCUGAUCAAUGGGACCUUAAGGACCCGGCUGGACCGGGGUUCAGGAGAAUCUGAGCUUAAGACUCCAACAUGGCUGACACUUACCAACCUGAAACCCCAUAAAAUGAAUUUAGUUAUCGCAGAAUCCAAUAUAACUCUCACUCUUGACAACUUUACUACCUCUUCUGACCUUCCAAGGACUCCAAAGCAAAUGAAUAUGAAAGAUGGCAUUUAUCUUGGUGGGACCGGGACAUCUGACAUUCCUUUUAUACCUGGAGAUAUCAUCAGAUUCCGUGGCUGCAUCUGGGAGGCUAAGUUUGACAACCUGGAUCUGUUCUCUUACUAUGAUCCUAUUGUUCAAUUCCAUGGGCAAUGGGAUUACUGCCAUUUAGGUGUUGCAGAAAGCUCUGAGGGUUCAUUUGGAUUUCUUGGACCACGAUCUUACCUGAUGUUUCCUAGCUGGGAUCUAAGCAGGCAUGGCACUAUGCACCUAAUCCUAGAGACUUCCAGAGCAGGAAGAGCACCUCUGCUUUAUCAGUCGGGUCCACAAAAAUCAUACUUCUAUGUAGAGAUUUCUGGGGGACAGCUAAAAGGGAUACUGGACACAGGAGAAUCUGCUGUAACCAUUGAAAACCCAGUGUACAUCAGUGACAAUAGACCACACAGCAUUAACAUUUCAGUAGACAGGGCUGAGAUAUGGCUUGGUGUUGAUAGAACUUUUUCCAAGGUCUCUGUUGAUAGUCUUGGACAUGUGUGGGAUUUCAAUAGUAACAUGUACCUGGGUGGGGUGGAUGCUAGUGCCUUGGCCAAGUUGAGGGAUGGUCCUCUAAGAGAAUUUUACUUGGAUGAUCUGGAGUAUCGUUCCUUCACAGGAUGCCUUAAAGAUCUAACAGUAAACUCAAUAAAAUUGAGCUUCCAUGAUGUUCUAAAGUUUUCAGAUGUUGCAACAGGAUGCCAGGAAGAUGAAUAUAUUGAUUAUGCUGAGUAUGAUGAAACUAGUACUCAGCGCUACAUGUCCACUACAAUACCAGGGAACACCCCCACUGCCCCAUUGUCCUCAAUUAUUUCCAGCCUUUAUGAGAACUGUAAUCUAGAAUCCAGUUUUCCCAACAUGACCAAGUUGCUGAGCCCACAACCGCUGACAGUAACUAGAGGCGGCUCUGUAGUUUUGGCUUUGGAAAAAAUUCGGCCCACUGUGGACUUUGGGAAAGUGGGAAUACGCCAGUCACAGGUAGUUUUCAGGGAAGUAGGCAGUGCUCAACAUGGGCAUCUCAUUUAUGACAUCCCUGGUGCUGAGGUUAGAAGGACAUUCACACUGCUAGAUGUGACAAAUCACAAGGUACAAUAUGUCCAUGAUGGGUCUGAGUCUAAUGAAGAUACAUUGAAAUUUGAAGUGGAUAUAUCAAGCAGGACUACUACAGACUGUUUAAGGAAAAAACAAAGAUACAUAAUGCCAAUCAGUGUUUCUCCUGAAUCAUCUGCACCUAUUCUGAUUUUUCCCAAAGGAAAGACAUUUAGAAUACUAUCACAUGGACAGAAACCAAUAACAACUGAGAUUAUUCAGAUAGAAGACUAUGACACUCCGUGUGAUGAACUGACCAUAAUGGUGUCUGGAGGUUACAUAGAAGGUCACAUUGAAAGACAAAAUAAUCCAGGAGAGGUUGUACAUGAAUUUUCAUGUAGGGAUAUAGAGAAUGGCCAAGUAGCAUUCAUUCACAAAUCAGGAAACCAGUUGGAACUCAUACUCCAGGCAAGUGAUGGGAGUUUAAAAAGCAAACCUGCUAUCAUUUCCUUACUUGUGACAGAGCCUAACCUACAAAAAGCCCAGGUCUCACCGUUGGAGGUUUCGCAGGGAGCAUCCAUACUCAUUCCACCAUCCAGUCUUCCUUCUGUAACAAAUGCAGACACUAUUGCAUUAGAAGUCUUUUACCGAAUUUCUGACAAUCCCAAAUUUGGAGAAGUUCAGAAGCUCAUGGUUGGGGAUGAGUGGAAGGUUACUGAAGUGUUCACACAAAAUGACUUGGAAAAAAGAGCAGUUAGGUAUUUCAGCAAAGUUUUAGAUAUUCCAAUGGGGGAACUCAAUGAAAAUCUUAGUAUCCAAAUGUAUCUUGGGACAGAGCUUCUAAGUAAUGAAACACUGCAAAUCAAAGUUAAGAAACCCUACUUUCAUUUAAAGAAGAUGAUCCCAUUAAAGCUCGGAAGAAAACGUGAAGUUAAAAUUACAGGCAAGGAGAUACAGAUGGACAUCAGGGAACAAAGACUUAAAGAAUCCUUGACCUAUUUCAUAAUACAGUCUCCUAAAAAGGGCAAUUUGCAUAUUAAUGGCCAGCGACUAAUAGAAGGUUCCCAAUUUAGGCAAGAUGACAUACAGAAACAGCAACUUAGUUAUGCUGCUACAGUGAGAAAUACAAGGGACACUGAAGACCAGUUUCAAUUCCAGGUGAUCACAGGUGCACAAAUAUCUCCAGUUUAUACUUACAAAAUACAAAUUGGUGUUGAUCCUGAUGCACCUUAUUUUACCAAUCGUGCUUUACAUGUUCUUGAGGGUGGUGAAGAAGCUAUUACCCCAGAAAAUCUUUUUCUAACAAGUGGCAAUAGUGCCAGCUUUUUCUAUGAAGUCAUUGAUGGUCCUCAGCAUGGGGUGCUUGUCCGUAAAGGAAGUUCUAGGUUAAGCGAUCCUGAAGAAACAGGAGUGACAGAGUUUACAAAUGAUGACAUAUUGCUGGGACAGCUUUUUUACCAGCAUGAUGGCUCAGAGACCACAGAGGAUGACAUACCAUUUGUGGCAUCCAUGCUAAGGGUAGAAAGUGGUACUGAUAGCAGUGGGGAAGAAGAAGAAGAAACUUUUGAAGAAGAGGUGGUGAGAGGUGUUUUUCGUGUUUCUAUCCAGCCAGUUAAUGACAAUCCACCCUUCCAAACAGUGCACAAAACUUUUCAUGUGGUUCGUGAUGGACAAAGACUGUUAACUACCAAUGAUAUUGCAUUCUCAGAUCCAGACUCAGGAUCUACAGAUGCACAGAUUGUUCUGGUUAGACAUGGAGUACCAUUUGGCAAAAUUGUCUUUGUGGACGACCCAUCCCUUUUAGUGUUUCGAUUUACACAAGAAGACUUAAGGAGGCACAGGAUCCUUUAUGUCCACAGUGGGCCAGACCAGGGUUCCAUUCAGUUACAAGUAUCAGAUGGACUACACCAGCUCACUACCAUUUUAGAGGUGCAAGCCUCUGAACCUUUUAUGCGUAUACCAAACAUCACAAUGCUAAAUGUGUCAUUAGGAGAGCAAGUGACUUUGAAAACCAUUGGCUUGCAGUUAGAGACUAAUUUAGAUAUACGUAGAGAAAACGAUAUCAGAUACUACAUUGAACCUCAGCCUAGGCGGGGGGUGAUUUUGAAGGAAGGCAAGCCUGCUAAUUCCUUUACACAACAUGAGUUAGUAGAAGGAAAAAUAAUUUACCACCAUAACGGAGAAAGGAAUAACAAGGACCGUUUUGGUAUAUCAGUUGAUGCUAAUCAAGUUGUGACUGCAGGGGACAUUGAGAUACAUGUAGUCACUGAAAUGCUGCAUGUGAUACAUAAUGGGAAAGUAUAUGUAUUCCAGGGAGAAAGGGCAGAGAUCAAGAAGGAAGAUCUGAUGAUAUCUGCUGUGGGAAAGUUUCCUGAAAUGAUUGUGUACACCUUAACUGACCCUCCUUCUUUUGGGUACUUGGUUGCUGUGGGGUCUGAGCUAUCUUCUGAUGGAUCACCAAGUUUAGACACAGUUGAGACCUUUACUCAAGAGGAUAUCAACCAAGGAAAAAUCUUGUAUUUACAUUCUGCCCCAGACCUACUCCCUGAUAGCUUGACAUUGGAUGUGACCACAGGUGAAGGGGUUCCACAGGAAGUAGUUGUUCUAGUGGAAGUACUGCCCACCAGUAUACCGCUAAUAGCUUCAGAGCUGGAGGUGGAAGAAGGAGGCAAAGCUGCCAUCUCCAACAGCACUCUUCAGAUCUCUAGCAAAUACUUUAUGAACCUUGACCUGGAAUUCACAGUACUAAUAGCACCAAGCAGAGGCCAUAUUGUCAAUGCAGAAAAAAUAAACCUCAGAAGUUUUAACUGGAAUGAGGUGAAUCAAGGGCAAGUUUUUUAUGAACAUGAUGGCAGUGAGACACUGAGUGACAAUUUCACCAUUGUGGUUGUUGCAUCUGACAUCAACCGGCAGAGCCAACCCACCACCAUUAGUGUAACCGUUCAGGCUGUAAAUGAUGAAAAGCCACAGGUUGUCACCAACACAGGAAUGCAGAUACUGGAAGGUACAACAGCUGUGCUCUCCUCCCAAGCCCUCUACAGCACUGAUGCUGAUUCCUCACCAGAUGAGUUGAUUUAUUCUGUUUUGCCCCCAAGCAAUGGUCAGUUGAUAUUUCGAGGUUCUACUGAGGGGAUUGUCAGCUUCACCCAAAAACAGCUUAAAGAAGGAGAUGUACAGUUCAUGCACAAAGGGAAUCUUGAUGGUGGAUUCUACUUCAAUGUAUCAGAUGGGAUAAACCAAUCUGAUGAGAGCUUCUUCCAUAUCCAAGUCACACCAUUAGCUAUCACCAUGGAGACCAUACAAGACCUCACUGUCUGCCCCAAGUCCCUACAGCCUAUCACUAGUCAGUAUCUGCAAGCAGUGUCUAAUGAGCCAAAGGAUCUGAUGUCCGAUCUGUUGUAUCACAUCGAUGAACCACCUCAGCUUGGUGACAUUGUGCGACAACAAGACAGUGAGGUUACAUGGCUUAUGAACUUUACUCAGUCAGAAGUUGACGCUGGAUUUAUAUACUAUAAGCACCGUGCAAUGGACACACCAUUUUGGAUAGCACACGAUUCCAUCUUAUUCCAUGUGACAUCAGGCCAAGUAGUGUCCACGCGCUACCUCAUGAAUGUGACUGUGAGUUUUCAAGGGCCUUGUCCUCAGCUUCACACCCGCUUCUGGAAAAACACAGGUAUCACUGUUAUGGAAGGAAGCUCUUCACCCAUAACAAGCUCACACUUGGAUGCCUCAAACCUCCUGGCCAAUAACAGCAGUGACUCACAAGAUGUUGUCUAUUUUCUAACAACUCUUCCAUCUUGGGGGUAUCUUGCCAUUGAUGAUGUUCCACUGGAACAACAUUCUCCCUACUUUGUACAGUCACAACUAGAGAAAGGAAAGCUCCAAUACACACACACAGGUCCUGGAAUCCUGGAGGACAGCUUCCACUUAAAAGCCUGGCAGUUGCCUAGAUCACAUUCCUUCAGUGAACCGCCCCAGGAAGUUGGCAGUUUGGUAAUUUCAGAGUCCUUCAAUGUGACAGUGAUUGGUGUACCAAAGCUUCCCCUGCAAGUAUCCCCACCUAAGUUGCAAUUACAGGUGGCACCAGGUUCAUAUGCAGUCAUAACUCGCGAUCACUUGUCUAUAGAUGUUCCCCUUAUUCCCCCUGAAAAAAUCAUUUUUACAGCUCUUGAAAUGCCAGAAGGUAUUUCUUUAGCAACCCAGAGCAAUCAGUACAUUGAUGUUCUCAGUUUCACUCAAGAAGAUGUUAAUAUGAGGACACUUAUAAUUCUGGCUAAUCGUACUGCAGCUUCAGGUUCUAUACAGUUUAACAUCACAACUAGGAACCAAUCACCUCUAGUAGCACUCUUACCGGUAAAAGUUUCUCCUCUUCAUAAAGCUAUACUGGAAGUCCCUCAGGCAUCAGCAAUGGCACCUCUGACCACAAAACACGUAACACCCUCAAAGGAAAAAAUACCACAAGAUAUGUUGUUUAAAAUAACCAAGCAACCCAACUUUGGGCAGCUAAUCGCUAAAAAGAUGCCAGUGAGAGAAUUUCGGUGGGCCCAGGUAAAAAAUGGAGAGGUAUCUUAUGUAUUCACAAGCUUCCUCUCCUCUCAAGAUGAGUUUGAGUACCUGGCACUCUCCAACAGGACAGAGGAAAUGGCUGGCACAGUGACAGUUGCAGCAAUAGCAACGGUAAAAAUAGUAGAUCGAGAACAAUGGCCAAGAGGAUGUACAGUGAUGCUGGGACCCAAUACAGUUGAUGCAAGUGAGCUGGGCACACGUACAGAAAGUGACCCAGAAUUCAGAGUUCUACGCCAACCAAGGGGUGCAAGGUUGGUCAAGUAUCCAAAAGAACAGGGAGAAGGAGAAAGUUCCAGUAUUGAUUACUUUACACAAAGGGAGAUUGAGAGAGGGCUAAUCGGAGUAGAGAUAUGGGAGGAUGGACACAAUGACAUGACCCUAAGAAAUGAUAAGAUUCAGCUAGAGGUUGCUGCAAAAAAUGUUCCACCGGCAAAUGUUACUGUAAAGUUUACCACCAUUCCUUACAAUGCUUCCCAACCCUACAGGGUUACAAUUUUAAGAAAAAGUGUGGGGAUGGAUGCCACAUCAACAUCAGCAUUUACUACUAGCCCAGAACCUACCAGAGUUUUCAAAACCACAGCCACUGACUUUACUAUCAGUUUACAACAAACAACACAUGCAGAUUUAUCAACAAAACAGUUUACCACAACCAGCCUACUUACCACCUUAAACCAGGAAACUGUCACUAGUCCAUUGUCUACAACAAACCUCAUGUUGGUUUCAAGCCAAGGACAGCCACUGGCCACAACAGACCUUGAAUCAUUUACAAGUCAAAACCAAACACAAAAUACCACAAAACUAAACUCUAUGACACCAAAACGUUGGAGAUCAUUAGAAGAUGUAACUAUAACUACUUUCCAAGAUGUUGUCUUAAACAGCUCAUGGAAUCCUGAAGUGUCCAAUGAAACAGUGUCAGGGAAUACAUUGCUUGGCUUUCUGGGUGCUCAUAAAUACAGCAUUGUGCUUCCUGCAUGUCUGCUGCUCUUUUUAAUUAUAACUGGCCUUCUCAUCUUAUUCUGCAUAUUGCGGAAGAAAAGAAUGGGCAAGCAUCAUGUUCAAAAAGCAGCUAUCUCAUCUGGUAAGCCAGAAAACGGAGUCACUGACCACCAAUCUUUUCGGCCAACUGAAACUGAUAGGGCCAUUCCACUUAGUGAGGUUGGCUCAGGACAUAAGGGAAAUGGGGCAGGAGGACAGGGUCAGCAGGGCAGCCAGUACUGGGUGUGAAUCCAGAAUGGUAUCUUUUCUAAAUGGGCACCAAACGCGGGAGACUUCCUCCCAACAUCCAUCUAGAUGGGAAUAAUCAGUGGAAUUUAAAUAUCUCCUUUCUAAAUAAAGCCAGUGCUUCUCUCAUGGCUGGAUCAGUGAACUGUGGAACAUUCAUUAAAAAGGAACUGAAAAAAACUCACAGCUCCUGUUCUAUCAAAUGAUCGGGCUGUGCCAGAUCCUAAUAUACCAACUCAACGACACCAUUGCUUUCUGGAAGAAGUGCCAGCGCCAGGUGCGUUUGAGGUCUAUAAGAAAAUAAUGAACUGCUAUACUAAGAGUAAGGUGGACAACUGAUAUAGGCAUGACUCAAAAUUUACAAGAAAAUGAGCUUUUUUUAGAGAUUGGCGGAAAUUUAAAUUAAACUAACUGACAUGACUGACAUUAAAGAUUUCCACUAGAGAGGAUUAACCAAUCAAUCAUUCUCUCUACUUAUGUAAUAUGGAUUAUGCUACCUGUGCUAACGUGCUACUAGUCUUCUCUAAAGACUAGAAGAAAGUAUUUGCUAUAUAUAAAUUUCAUGGGCAAUAUAUUCUUACUGGAGAAAUUACCACAAUAUCCUUAUGCCAAAAUUUGCAAAUCUGGCACCAGCAUAUCUACAAUAUUUGUUCAAAUGGUUAGAACGUGUGUCCUGUUUUCUGUUAAAUUUGGUGUAAAUCCUGCUUAUGGACUUUUUGGACUACAGAAUCAGCCAGGUGCCCUAUAGACUUAGAUCACACUCACGGCCACUUAAACUUCCAGAUGGACCAAGGUGUGACUGGAAUAUCAUAAGCACGAAUUGACUGGAUCACACAGAAUGGAAGGUUCUAGCCCAUUGUCAUGGAUAGAGACGGUCAGUUGUGGUCUGAAACACUAAACCAAUUUAACUGGGAUUAAGCAGGAUCACUACUCACACAAAGGGAACAAAGCGUACAGCAGUGAUAACAAGCUUAAACAUGCAGUAAAACCUGUAUGUUAUACAUUUCAUACAAUUUUUCACUUUAUAGUGAUAAAAUCAACUGCAUUAUGGUUCCAGUAACUUUGUAAAAAUCUCCAAGACCAAGCUAUUUUGUCAGUAAAGAUGUUGCUUGUAUGAACGGUAGAUGAUGGCAUGAAAUAUAAGAAGUAAUCAUGCUAUGCUGUCCUACAUGGCUCAAGCCCUAAUCUAGGUACAAAAUUAACUGCCAACACUAGGGGUCUGAUUUACUAAUCCACGAAUCCGAAUCCGAAUGAGAAAAAUUCGGAUUGGAAAACGAACAUUUUGCG